AUGGAUAAUCCCACACCUUGCAGUCUAAAUCGACACGGUUACGUCUGCAAGUUUCCAUUGGUGUGUCAUGAUUUCCGGCCAAAUAUGACAAAAGCGGCGAUUGCAGAGCGUAAUGCUAUCGAGGCCAAUAUGAGUGCCAACCCCUACGCUUUCACGGGGUAUAUUAGGCCACCUGAACGAUGGCCUGGUCCGAAUUACGGGAUCACAAAUUUUGAUAACCUCGCGGCUUCCAUGUUAACUGUCUUUCAAUGUGUCACAAUGGAAGGGUGGACCAAUGUCCUCUAUUGGGUAAAGUUAUUUGACUUUUUAAUUGGGCAAACAAUUUGUUGCCCUAGCACAUCAGAAGUGUUUGAUGACAAGCAACCAAGUUCAACAUUGCUUCACGUCAGGACAUUAAAAUUCAGAAGUCCAAUUUGUAACCUGUAG